AUGAAGCUCGGAGGCGUGGGGGGGGGGGGGGUAGACUACCUGCACGAGAAAUGCAAGGAUUGCAUCAUCCACUGCGACAUCAAGCCUGAGAACAUCCUCCUGGACGACGCGUUCGUGCCCAGGGUCGUCGACUUUGGGCUGACCAAGCUCAUGGGCCGCGACUUCAGCCAUGUGCUCACCACGAUGCAGGGCACGGUGGGGUACCUGGCGCCGAAGUGGAUCACCAGCACAACCGUCACCGCCAAGGAGGACGUGUUCAGCUAUGGCAUGAUGCUGUUUGAAAUCGUCUCGGGCCGGAGGAACGUCGGCCAGCACCCAGACGGCACGGUGGACUUCUUACCGUCCACGGCCGUUAGCCUACUCCUCGACGGCGACGUGAGGAGCGCCGUGGACAGCCAGCUCGGCGGCAGCGCGGACGUGGCCCAAGUGGAGCGGGCCUACAAGGUGGCGUGUUGGUGCAUGCAGGAGGACGAGAGCCUGCCUCCGAGCAUAUAUACCGAAAUGCGACUCCCAUUAUAUAUCUACCAGCUCUACCGCCCCUCUACCUACGUACAUUGUGCUUAA